UGGACAAUAUUCUCCCACCUAAAUUAUCAAAGGACAUAUACAAAGUAACCUAAUUAAAGCCUUGCUCUUGCUUUUGUUCCAUACUUUUGCAUCUUUUGCCUCUUUCCUUAAUCUUAAGUAAACCCCUCAAAAACAUAGACUUAUUUUCCUACUUCAUUUCCUUCACUUUCUUUCUACAACACAAAACAUGGCGUCUAAACUCAACAAACUUCUCUUCACCCUACUAUAUUUUCUACUGCUAAUACUCAACUUUCCGGCAAGAAUCACAGCCCAAGAAUGCCCUUACCCGUGUUAUCCGCCGCCGACCGGUCCCGCCGGAAACAACCCUCCUCCGGCAACUACAACUCCACCAUCUCCACAAGGGUAUGUUCCAAAUAAUCCAUCAACUAAUUACAAUCCGCCACCAGCUGGUUAUAAUAAUCCACCAAAUGAUUAUGAUAACUCUCCACCAGAUUUUGUAAAUGGUGAAGUACCACCACCACCUGAACCAAUAGUGCCUUGGUUUCCAUUUUAUUAUAGAAAGCCUCCUCAUUCUGAUAAUGAUCAAUCUUCAUCUUCAAUCUCUAUUCAAGAAUCAAGAAUCAGCUGGAAGAAUAUGAUGAUCAUCACCACUAUUUUUCCUUUGAUUUUCAUGACUUUGCUUUUUCAAUAAUAUAUAAGUUAGUGAAUUUUGAUGUAAUUAGUAGAGAAGAUGUUCAUUUGAUUGUUAUGGGAAUUGUUGUAGGAUUUUGUGUUCUAAUGAUCAUCAAUAUCAGUCCGUUUUUCUAUAUGUAUUUAUUUUGUAUGGACAGAGGAGUUUCUCUCUGUUUCUUGAUUUUGCAGAAAAAAAAGGGAAAUUAUAUAUUUGAUUAUGAAAAAAGUGGUGACUUCAGAGAUGUAUGGAUGGAUUAUUGUGUUUUUUUUCAA